GUUCGGCGAAUGCGACACAUUGUCUGGAGCUGAGAGACUGGAAGGGACAUCAUGCGUGAGUGUAUCUCCAUCCACAUCGGCCAGGCCGGAGUUCAGGUCGGCAAUGCUUGUUGGGAGCUCUAUUGCCUGGAGCACGGGAUCCAGCCGGAUGGACAGAUGCCCAGCGACAAGACCAUCGGGGGCGGCGACGAUUCAUUCAACACCUUCUUCAGCGAGACGGGGGCGGGCAAGCACGUCCCCCGGGCCGUGUUCAUUGAUCUGGAGCCCACGGUGAUCGAUGAAGUGCGGACCGGCACAUACCGGCAGCUCUUCCACCCCGAACAGCUCAUCACCGGCAAGGAGGACGCGGCCAACAACUACGCCCGGGGCCACUGCUCCAUCGGCAAGGAGAUCGUCGACCUGGUCCUGGAUCGCAUCCGGAAGCUGGCCGACCAGUGCACCGGACUGCAGGGAUUCCUCAUCUUCCACAGUUUUGGGGGCGGCACCGGUUCGGGCUUCACCUCCCUCCUCAUGGAGAGACUCUCCGUCGACUACGGCAAGAAAUCCAAGCUGGAGUUUUCCGUCUACCCGGCGCCGCAGAUCUCCACCGCCGUGGUCGAGCCCUACAACGCGGUGCUGGUCACCCACUGCACCCUGGAGCACUCCGACUGCUCCUUCAUGCUGGACAACGAGGCUAUUUACGACAUCUGCCGGCGGAACCUGGACAUCGAGCGCCCCACCUACACCAACCUCAACCGCCUGCUGGCGCAGGUAGUGUCGUCCAUCACCGCCUCGCUGCGCUUCGACGGCGCCCUCAACGUGGACCUGCUCGAGCUCCAGACCAACCUGGUCCCCUACCCGCGCAUUCACUUCCCGCUGGUGACCUACGCGCCCCUGAUCUCGGCCGAGAAGGCUUACCACGAGCAACUGUCCGUGUCGGAGAUCACCAACGCCUGUUUCGAGCCGGCCAACCAGAUGCUCAAGUGCGACCCCCGCCAGGGCAAAUACAUGGCGUGCUGCAUGAUGUACCGCGGGGACGUGGUGCCCAAGGACGUCAACGCCUCCAUCGCCACCAUCAAGACCAAGCGCUCCAUCCAGUUCGUGGACUGGUGCCCGACGGGGUUCAAGGUAGGCAUCAACUACCAGCCCCCGACGGUGGUUCCGGGGGGCGACCUGGCCAAGGUGCAACGAGCCGUCUGCAUGCUGAGCAACACCACCGCCAUCUCCAUGGCCUGGACCCGCAUGAACCUCAAGUUCGACAAGAUGUACGCCAAGCGGGCCUUUGUCCACUGGUACGUGGGAGAGGGUCUGGAGGAAGGAGAGUUCCAGGACGCGCGGGAGGACAUGGCGUCGCUGGAGAAGGACUACGAGGAAGUGGGCAUCGAUUCGGCGGAUCUGGACAAGAAGGCGGAAGAGGAAGAGUGAAUUUUGUUGUAUAUCUGGAAAGAUUAGUUAUUUUUAAUACUGGUGUAGAUCUAAUUGAUGAAAUUAAAUAUAUUUGAGACAUAGUUUGCUAUUGCGUCCUUCGCAAAGGCCCAAUUGCUUAAUGUCUAUAGUUUCAUACCGUGGAAGCAGACCCUUCGGCCCAACUUGUCCAUGCCCACCAUGCCGCAUCAUCUCUGAUCAUCCAAUUUGCCCACGUUUGGCGAAUAUCAUUCUAUCCAAUUCUUCGACACGAAACUGCAUACAUAUCCUUUAAAUGUUACUGUACCUGCCUCUACUAGAUCACCUGGAACCUCGUUCCAUGUACCCACCACCGCCUGCGAGAUAUAUGUCCCCUCAGUUUCCUAUAACUCGUUCCCCUCUCAUCUUGAUCCUAUGCCCUCUAGUUUUUGAUUCAUCUUUGGUGCUGAAGGUUUCUGUGCAUUAACUCUAUCUAUGCCGCUCAUGGGAUCAUAUACCUCCACAGGAACAUUACUCACCUGUCUUUACUCCAAACAUUUUAAAUCUCAAUCCUACGAGUCCUGGCGUCGUAAAUCAUCGCCUCUCACAAAUCGUCACACUGAUGUAUCUCGGGAUGGGGAUGAUUGUAAAGAUGGGGAUUGGUCAUUGGGGGAGGCAAUCUGUUUCUUGAAAGAGCACGGGGGUCCAAGGACCACAACGUUCCAGUCAUUGAAACUCCUUGUGCUGAUGGAGCGGGCUGACCGGGCGCCGACAAUGGGAGAUACUCCAGUGUUCAUAGACCACAGAACAUACCACAGUACAGCACAGGAACGGAUCCAGCGGCCCACAGGAUUUGCGCCGAACAUGCUGCCAAGUUACACUUAUCUCAUCUGCCAGGACAUGAUCCAUAUCCCUCUAUUCACGGCACUUCGACGCGUCUAUUGAAAAGCCUUUCCAAUAGACGGGUCGAAGAAACUACGCCGCACAUCUUCGUUAAAUGUCCUCCUUUUAUUUCAUAGCUACCCCUCUGGGGUUACACAUUUCCACCAUGGGAAACCUGCUGUGUUUCCUACCCUAUGGGAGAUCGACUGUCGGAACCUAUAACCGGGUUGGGUCCGAACUGGGAAUUCUGUAAUCAGAGCUGGAAUCCGCGAAGUAAAACAAGAGGCGCACACAAGACCGGAGAAAGUAAAGGGGGCUGUGGUAACGUGAUUUGAUAGUUUAUUGUGGAACGCCGAGGUUGAAGAUAGACGUGCUGGAGGUAUAAACAUUAUGAGAGUUAUGCCCCUGUCCCACUUAGGAAACCUGAACGGAAGCCUCUGGAGACUUUGUGCCCCACCCAAGGUUUCCGUGCUGUUCCCGGAGUUUGCAGGUGGUUGACGGAGGUUGCAGGUAGUGGAAGCAGGUAGGGAGACUGACAAAAACCUCCGGGAACCGCACGGAAACCUUGGGUGGGGCACAAAGUCUCCAGAGGUUUCAUUCAGAUUUCCUAAGUGGGACAGGGGCAUAAAUCUCAUAAUGUUUAUACCUCCAUCACGUCUCUCUUCAACCUCGGCGUUCCACAAUAAACUAUCAAAUCACGUUACCACAGCCCCCUUUACUUUCUCGGGUCUUGCGUGCGCCUCUUGUUUUACUUCGCGGAUUCCAGCUCUGAUUCCAGAAUUCCCAGUUCGGACCCAACCCGGCCUUUAGGUUCCGACAGUCGAUCUCCCAUUUCAGUCCGCCAAAACCUACCUGAUCUCCCGGUUGCUCAGCACUUUAACACCCCCUCACAUUCCCAAUCUGACCUUUCUGUCCUGGC